AUGUCUAUCAAUGCUACGCUCCCUAUAAUUGAAUAUGAAGUUGAACAAGAUGCUAUCAAUGAUAAUCAAGAAAUCCAAUUACCUGAUUUAGUUGAUGAAGAUUUAAAUUUUUCAAUAAAUGAAUGGUCAAAAAUGAUUGCUAAGUGUUUGCGGUUGGUAGGUUUGAAAAUUUAUUUUCAAUUUGUUCCAAAUGAAGAUUACCAGUACAUAGACGAGCUAAGUUUAAUGGGUCCUUAUUUAGUUUGUUUGGCAUAUGCAUUACUAUUUCUUCAAGUAUUUCUUUAUACAAACUUGAGGCCUGAUGGAUCAUUGUCUUUCAACAAUUGUAUGCGUAAGCUUCUAUUUAUCUUUUUGACGUUUCGCUUACGUAUAUUUUUAGAACCUGAACGCAGAAAGCUAUUUCGAUACAUUAAGACAGAAUUAAUCAGAAGAGGUAUAAUAAGAAGAUGA